CAAAUCUUUAAUUCGAGUUUCUGCUUCUGGGUUUGAUUUGCAGAAGUGAUCAGCAUUGCUAGUGAUUUCUCUGCCCUUUACAGUGUUUGCAUUAGUCAGUAUACUUUGUUUUCUCUAGAGAAAUGGAGAGUGUAAGAGAGUUGGCUUCAGAGAAGGCUGCUGUGAUUUUCACAAAGAGCUCAUGCUGCAUAUGCCACAGCGUGAAAUCACUUUUCUAUGAGCUUGGUGCAAGCCCUGCGAUUCACGAGCUCGAUCGAUAUGCCAAUGGGAGGGACAUGGAGUGGGCAUUGAGGCAGCUGGGCUGCAACCCUGCUCUCCCUGCUGUGUUCAUAGGUGGGAAAUAUGUAGGCUCAUCAAAGGAUAUCAUAUCCUAUCAUGUUGAUGGAUCUCUAAAACAAAUGCUCAAGGAUGCAAAAGCCAUCUGGUUCUAGCUAGGCUGCUAGCUAGCAGCUUACACAUAUUACACAGAAAUUAAGCUAUGCUAGUUAAUGCUCUGUUAAUUAGCUCUAAGUAUACACAGAAAAGAAUCCCAAUACCAUG